AUGGUUACCGAACUACCAUAUGCGCUCGACGCAGAGACGCCGCUAAAUCCCUCCGAACUCAACGUCCUGAAAUCGCAAUAUGACCGCGAGGGUGAAAUGGUCGGCGUCCAGACCAAGUUCAACUAUGCCUGGGGUCUCGUAAAGUCCAAUCAGCGAAACGAUCAGCAACUCGGCGUCCGCCUACUCUCGGAUAUCUUCCGCGUCUCCCCUGAGCGCCGCCGGGAAUGCCUCUACUACCUCGCCCUCGGCAACUACAAGCUCGGCAACUACGGCGAAGCCCGCCGCUACAACGACCUCCUUCUCGACAAGGAGCCCGCCAACCUGCAGGCCUCGAACCUGCGGUCGCUCAUCGACGACAAGGUUGCCCGCGAAGGACUCAUGGGCGUCGCCAUACUUAGUGGUGUUGGUGUAGCGGCUGGGGUCGUGGGAGCGUUCCUCCUGAGGAAUGCCAGGAAGAGGUAG